AUGGAGGACACCACGUCGACGGCGACGCAGGAACAGAGCUGGUCAUCCCUCCCGGCCGACCUACUCAAAACCAUCGUCAACCUACUACCAUGGUCCAGCCACCCGAGUUUCGCCGCGACAUGCAAGCACUGGCGUUCUGCGGUGUCGCCGUUCUACCCGGCGUGGAUCACCCCGAUCCUCCUCAACGCCACCGAUGUCGGCUCCACAAACAUCCGCUACUACAGCCCGUAUUAUCACAAGAAUUUUGAGGUCGACAAGACAUUGGAAACCCCUAACGCCAAUUUCAGUUGUGCAAACAGGCACCGUCUGACGCUGUGCCAGGAUGACGGUACUGAAUUAAUUGUUGUUCACACUAACCUCGUGACAGGCAAGACCUACAGCUUGUGUCCGCUGGAGCGCACAGGCUUUGACGUCUAUGAUGGCGCGCAACGAAUGUUCGGCAUCAACAGGCUCGAGAUAUACCGCGCCAUCGAGAGCGAUGGCGGUGGAUGGUACGAUUGGCAAUUCUCGGAGUACAACCAUGAUCGCCCAAGGCUUAACGUAUCGCCGAUGACGAACCCUGUCUUCCACCGCGGCUUGCUCUACCUGUUGGAUGUUGACGGGAGGUUGGCGGUGUAUGACGAUAGCCGACUCGACGAAGGAUUCAAGAUUCUUGACGUGCCCAAAGGCUUUGGUUUCGAGUGCGAUGGCUACUACCUGUUUGAGUCUGAUGAAGGCGAGCUCAUGGCCGUGCUCAUGGGCUACCGCGGGCCCCUUGUGCAUGUCGUCAAGCUCAACGAGCAAAAUAUGGAGUGGGAGGAGGUGAAGAGCUUGGAGGGACGGGCAUUGUUCACCGGCACCCUCACGACCACGAUGGUGAAGACCGGCAUGAAGUGGAUGCAGAACAAGAUCUUCGUCCCAAGGUUAUAUGAUUGGCCCGAAACAAUCCGCGUAGACCUCGUUGACAGGGAGGGUGAGCUAGCUUUCGUACCGCUAUCUGCUGGAGCUGCACAACACGGUGGCGCAGAAGGCAGAAACAUAUGGGCGUGUGGAUUGGGACCAGAAGAAGCACCCGAGUUUUGGGAGACCAUAAAGGUUGAUUACAGUAUCUGGGUCAAUUUUAGGAAUUGA